AUGGCUAUCCAAUAUUCUCCAUUACCAUUGGAGACUGAUACCACAUCUAAUACUUCAACGACUAAUGACACAGGCAUCCCAUCUUCACCGGAGUUAAACAAGCCACUUCAACAAGAUCAAUCUAAUGCCUUAGAAGAUGAUGUGAUAAGUCAGUCAGAUAGUAAUAUAAAUGAUAGUUAUAACCACACGCCUAUGAUGAACAAUACCGAUAGAACUUCUUAUUCUAUAUUCCAAAUAUUGAAACAAAAUAUACGACAGUACGCUAAAUUUGUGGGUCCUGGUUUAAUGGUCUCAGUGGCCUAUAUGGAUCCAGGUAAUUAUUCCACUGCAGUAGCAGCAGGUUCUGCUCAUAAAUAUAAACUUUUGUUCUCGGUACUAGUAUCAAAUAUAAUAGCUGCAUUUUUCCAAUGCCUUUGUGCUAAAUUAGGUGCAGUGACUGGUUUAGAUCUGGCUCAAAACUGUCGUAAGCAUUUACAUCCUUAUAUUAACAUCGCAUUAUAUGUUUUAGCUGAAAUAGCUAUUAUUGCUACAGAUUUGGCUGAAGUAGUAGGAACUGCAAUUGCAUUAAACAUUUUAUUUGAUAUUCCAUUGGCUUUAGGCGUUAUUCUGACCACAUUCGAUGUUUUGAUUGUUUUAAUGGCCUAUAGACCUUCUGGCUCAUUGAACGUGGUUCGUUGGUUUGAAGCAUUUGUUUCUGUAUUAGUUAUUGCUACUGUUGUUUGCUUUGCCUUAGAAAUGCAUUAUGCUGAUUUAGGCCCUUGGUGUGAUAUUGCAAAAGGAUUUAUUCCAUCAAAGGCAGUUAUUAAAGGUGAUGGACUAUAUUUAAGUUUAGCUAUCUUGGGUGCUACAGUAAUGCCUCACUCUUUAUACUUGGGAUCUGGUGUUGUUCAACCAAGAUUGAGAGAUUUUGAUAUUAAAUCUGGCCAUUAUAAACCAACAGAAGAUGAUGAAUUAAAUAAUCACAUCCAUUAUCAUCCUUCUUAUGAAGCUAUCAAUGAAACUUUAAAUAUGACUGUCGCUGAAUUAUUAGUUUCGUUAUUCACUGUAGCUUUAUUCGUUAAUUGUUCUAUUUUAAUUGUAGCUGGUGCUACUUUAUACGGCAACACGCCAGCUUCAAAAGAGGCAGAUUUAUUUUCCAUUUAUAAUUUAUUAUCAACUACACUAUCGAAAACUGCAGGUACUGUAUUUGUAUUGGCCUUAUUAUUUUCAGGUCAAAGUGCUGGGAUCGUUUGUACUUUAAGUGGCCAAAUGGUCAGUGAAGGUUUUUUGCAUUGGAGUAUCCAGCCAGCAGUACGUCGUGCUCUAACAAGAGCUGUAGCCAUUACUCCAUGUUUAAUCCUAGUAUUAGUUGCUGGCAGAGAAGGCCUGUCAGGUGCAUUGAAUGCUUCACAAGUCGUUUUAUCAUUAUUACUACCAUUCGUCAGUGCACCUCUGUUAUAUUUUACAAGUAGCAAAGGUGUUAUGAGUGUGCUUGUUGUGGAAAAUGAUGACGUUAUUCCCUUACAAGAUAUGAAUUCAAACAACAAUUCUUUAAACACUACUGCAACUACAAAUAAUAAUAUAGAAGAAAAUGAAAUUUCUCACGAUUUUAAUUCAAGUGUGAAUCUCAAUCGUAGUUCCAUUAAUGAAGAAGAUAUCAAUGAUGAAAUCAAUCCAAACCCUCUAAAAUGUGUCGAUAUGAGUAACAACAAAAUUACAACUGUUAUUGCAGUUUUCCUAUGGUUAUUAAUUUCAGGCUUGAACUUUUAUAUGUUAUUAAGUUUUGCUGCAGGACAGGAUGUUAACUUCUAA